AUGGCUGCUGAGUUAAGUGCUACGCAAGCUAACAAGACAUGGUCUGUUGUUGCUUUACCACCUGACAAGAGUGAAAUUGGUUGUAAAUGGAUCUACAAAAUAAAACUCAAGGCUGAUGGUUCAAUUGAUAAACAUAAAGCUUGUUUAGUGGCCAAAGGAUUUACACAACGAAAAGGAAUAUAUUUUAUUGAUACUUUUUCACUAGUGGCAAAGCUUGCCACUGUCAAGACUCUUCUUGCAGUUGCUUUUAUUCAAAGCUGGCAUCUUCAUCAAUUAGAUGUCAAUAACGCAUUUCUCAAUGGUGAGUUACUUGAAGAAGUUUAUAUGGAGUUGCCUCUUGUUAUUCAAUUCAGGGGAAGAAUAUUGCUCAAGAAGCCAAACUUCUAG